AUGGAUUUGGAGCAUGUAAAGAGAUUUGCGGAGAAAGAAGGAGGCGAUUAUGAAUCAACAGUUGAUUCAAUGCCCCCCAAGUUCAUAGAGCCAUUGGUUAUGCACUUAUGCAAGAAUUCUGGGAAUUCAUUGCAUGGUGGGGCGACGGCGGCGUUGGUCGACAUUGUUGGAUCGGCUGUAAUAUACACCAUGGGUGCUCCGACAACCGGAGUAUCGGUCGAGAUCAACGUUUCCUAUUUGGAUGCUGCUUAUGCUGGUGACUUGGAAUUUGAAUAUGAAAUGAAGCGGAAUGCUAUCACCUAA